CAUGUCAAAUUUUGGGUUCUUUUUUUUUAAAGAUAGUUAAAAUUCUCGUGAAUGUUACUUUUAAAUUGGUAAUCAUACAAACUAAAAUUAAGAUACUUCACUCGAAUUGGUUGUUCUAUCAACUAAUUGAUAUUGUAUUUUCUCAUUUAUUUGAUUUUAUUGUAAUCAUACCAGGACUUGAUCUUCUGUUGUUGAUGACUGAGUCCAUAGCUUCAGACAGCAUAUUUUCAUUAUUGCAGGCAAACCAAACUCAACACAGGCUACAACAGUUACAACCUGUACAAGUCCUAAAGGUAUCAUACCAGGACUCUUGUACACUCAAACUAGCAACUCCACUGUCCGUAAAGGUAAGGCAAAUUAAUUCAGUGGUAUUCUUCACCCUAUUUUGUGUAAAACUGAUGAAAUGAAGACUUCAAAAUUCUGAUACUCUACUUUUUUUUUUUUGUUCUUUUAGAGUCAGCCUACAUGAUGGAGACUUUUGAACUAUCAUUUACAAGAUUAGACCACAAUCUAACUGCUGUUCGUAUUAAAUAUACACUCAUAAAAGGUGCCACAAUCAUUGUCACUAUUGCAAAGGACAGAGAAGAUGACAGAUUUAGUUGCUGUCAUCAUGUUACUCCAAAAUCUACACCCUGUUCUGAUGAUUCCUUCUCCAUGAAUGAAACUCACAUUUCCUUCAAACUAAGUAAUGUUACCCCUCCAGAUGCUGGUCGAUACAUCUGUACAAAGUAUUCAUCAGGGAUUUACGAUAUAACAUCCGAGGAAAUUGAUCUUUACAUACUAGGUAACGUAUGCAAGCAUGUUUUAAUGAUUUCCUGACACUAACGCCAGGCUAGCCUUAACCAGAACUGACUUUAAGAAAGACCAUUAAUUAUGUUUCAUUUUUUCUUUCUAUCAGAAAGACCAACCAUAGAAAUAAUCAAUGAUGAGACAUUGGCUCCCAGGGUAAACAGCAGUUAUUCCGGUUAGUAUCAAUUAUAAUUAUGAAUUCAUUCCACUCAAUGCCUUGACUGACUGCAGGUUUCACUGCAGCCAGAAUCUCAUAAGGCUUACAAGUGUGACUCUUUUCCCUUUUUUUUUUUACUUAGCAUGCAUGCUACAGACUUCCCAUUUUCAUUAUUGCAGGUAAACCAAAUUCAACGCAGGCUACAACAGUUACAACCAGUACAGUUUCUAAAGGUAAAAAGGCAUUAUUCAUGUAGCUGGGAUGAAAAAUUGAGGAUUAAAUUUAGGCACCUAAUGGUUAACAAAAAGAUGGAGGGUGAAGUUAGCUCCAUCAUAUGGAGAAUAAAAUAAAUUUAGUUCAUCUGCAAAUUGAUUCACACAUUUAGUUAUACUUAGUUUACUGCUAAGCUACUACACACUAUGAGGCAGCUACUCAUAUAUCACAAAUAAACAUACACUCAGGUACUGUUAGUAGUUUUUUUGUUGCAAAUAGACAGAACAUGUCAAAUUUGGGGUUCUUGGUUUUAAAACAUAUUUAAAAUUCUUAUGAAUGAUGCUUUUAAAUUGUAAAAUCUAUCCAUUUGUCAGUCAGUCAGUCCAUAAGUCAACACUUGCAUGAUGUAUGUAAUGCUUAUUAACUUAGCUGAAAGUUCAUCUGGAAUGCAUUUCUUUCAUGUGAAUCUCUUGUAAUAUAUCCUAAUAAAUUAACCAAGUUGAACACAUAAUUAUUCAUAAAAUCUCAAUUAUUACUUCUAAAUCAUUGAUUGUACUAGUCAUUCUUUAAUUUUUCUUCUUUUUCUUUUGCAGGUACAGAUAACACGAAUCAUGCAGUCAUCAUUGGGGUUGUUCCUGCUGCAGCCAUAGUUAUCCUGAUUGGAGUGAUUAUUUAUUGCUGUUAUCGCUCACGUUGCAAGAGAAAAAAAUCUAAAACUACAAGAACUACCGAAGAAAAGGUUCCUUUGAAUUAAUCGAUUUUGUAAUUUUGUAUCAUGCUGACCUUUACUGUGGAGGCAAAUCAUUUUUACUGUAAUGUGAAUAUUCCCCUGUUAAUAGGUACUUCAUCUGGAUUUACAAGUAAAGUGUACGUGUUUGUCUGCGCCAGACAAGUUUGAGAAAUCAUAUAUGAAGGGAUAUUUUGUAUUAUGUCUUGCCAGCACAAGCUGUAAUAUUUAUUAUUUUAAAAAAAAUUUAACUAGACAGAUAACUAUAAUUAUUAUAACAAUUAGGAGUAGUAUUGUUAGCAGGAGACAUUAUUAUAGUUUUGAUGAUGUAAUAGAUGUUUCCCCAUUUUGUUUGUGGUAUGUGGAUAAGCAGUUGUAGAAAAUUAACUUUGCAUAUUUUGCAUAAUUUUUAAUUAUUUUUUUGGCCCAUUCUAGAUCUGAAUAGAUUAAUCUGGUUAGGGGGUGAUGGGGUGAUGGCACUGGGUGGUUUUUAGGAGUAUUAUUGUUAGCAGGAGACAUUGUUAUGAUUGUGGUGAUGUAAUAAAUGUUUUCCCAUUUUGUUUGUGAAUUAGGAUAAGCAGUUGUAGUGGAAAAUAAACUUUCCGUACUUUGCGU